AUGGAGAACUCUCGCCGACGACAACUUCACAGUUGCGACCCCUGUAGGAAAGGAAAGAGGGGCUGUGAUGCACCGAGAAAUCGAAAUGACAGCGGUUUUUCCUGCUCUAACUGCAAACGAUGGAAGAAAGAGUGCACUUUCAACUGGCUGUUGGCAAAACCCACGGACCCUCGAAAUUCUCGAAAACGACCAAGAACAAACGCUACAGAUAUAAUUCAGAAUCCCGAUUUACCUUCAAUUCCAGAAUCUGUCAGUAACCUUUUUGAUGAGCCACUGCUCUCUUCACAAUGGAAUCUUGUCAAUUCAGGGGAUAUUUUCGCUUCUCCCGAUUCCCGAAGUUUCGCCUCAACACCUUUUUUUGAAACCGAGAACAAAAUUUUUAAUGGAAUAGAGUGGAGUGGUUUAGCAGAUGGGCAGCCUGGAAUUAACGUCUGGGACAUCAGAAACCCAGGCCACUGGCAAACCGAUGCAGUGAUUCAAGAGUCUGGAGAUGCCUCCAGGCAACUUGGGUAUCAGUCAAACACAGAAGAUUCGCUACCAAGCUUAUCAGAGAGCAGAUCUGAUGCAACUCAAGAUCUGGAGAAUAGAUCUAUAUCUUCUUCAUCUGAUUUCACUGACCCAGAGUACCAGAACAGCAGCCAAAGUGUUUACUCAACAUUGGAAUUUAACCCAGCAUUCAUGCUGGGCUGUCAACCAAGUCUUUCAACUGCUUCAAACAAUACAGCUAAGGAAUAUGCUCGUGUAUCGAUGACGCGUAACCUGAUUCACAUAUACCAUGAUAGUAUGGAGAACGCCUUGUCAUGCUGGUUGACGGAGCACAAUUGCCCUUACAGCGACUCCACCGGCGGUAUGGUGCCCUAUAGAAAAAUGAAGGAAUGGGGCCCUAGCUGGUCCAACAGAAUGUGCAUCCGAGUUUGUCGUUUGGAUCGUGCAUCCGAUAACAUACGCGGUCGGGCUUUAACCGCAGAGGAGGAGAAACUCGUAUAUCAAGCUCUUCACCUGGCUAUUAUGGCAUUCGCUUCACAGUGGACUCAACAUGCGGAGAAAGGGAGUGUAUUGAAUGUCCCAAGUGUAAUCGAUGAAGACGAAAGAGCCAUUCGAGUGAACAUCUGGAAUAGAGCACGGCACGCUCUGGAGCAUUCAGUCGGAAUACCCUCUUUCCGCGUCAUAUUCGCGAACAUCAUAUUCUCCCUGACACAGAGUCCGCUAGACAAGGGACAGGAUUUACGCCUGGAUGAGCUAUUAGAGAAUGAUCGUGCACCUUUAUUUCUUGAAAACGCCAACCGUCAGCUUUUCACACUUCGUUAUAAGUUCAUGCGACUUCAGCGACAGGCCAAUUCAUCGCGAGCGGGAUCAAAAGGGUCAACAACGGCAGACGUGUUCAACUUGCCUACGCCUCCUGUAUCACCUCAGGUUGACCCAGUUCUUGGUAAUGAGGAACACCGCAAUACAAUCGGUCUAUUAUUUUGGUUAGGAGUAAUGUUUGAUACACUGAGUGCUGCGAUGUAUCAACGUCCCCUUGUGGUGUCGGAUGAGGAUAGCCAAGUCACAACAGUAUCACCUCCUAUGCUAAAAUUCGAGGAGCAUAUUGACCUUGACGGUUGGAACUUACCAAACAGUUCAUCUCGUCAAAAGAAGGACGUAUGGGGUGAUUUUUUCCUUCGUUAUCCGCGCCAGAAAUCUAGUCAGAUACGAUGGCCCUGUUCCUACGACGAAGCUGCGUCUGUUCUUUCGGAGGCUACCCCGGUCAAAGUAUUGCUCUACCGUCGAAUCACACAGCUGCAAACUCUGCUAUACCGGGGGGCAAGUGGCGACCGACUCGAAGAAAUCAUGAAAAAGGCCAUACUGGUCUAUCAGCACUGGAACGCUGCAUAUCAGCCAUUCAUGAAAGACUGUAUCUCCAAUCACGAAUUCCUCCCUCCUCGCAUCCAGUCAUGGUAUAUCAUACUUGACGGUCACUGGCAUCUUGCAACGAUGCUUUUGGCAGACGUGAUAGAAAGUAUUGACCAAGCAAGGCUGGGUUCGGAUAUUGAACGAGAAGUUCGUCAAACUACAAAAUUCGUUUCUGUUGUACGAGCAGAUAAUGCGCUGGCAGUUGGUGAACUUGCUCGCUCUUCACUUCAAGGGCAGGAUCCGAUGAUCCAUGGUCGCUUUCAUGAUUCCCUCAGCGAAGUUGCUCUUCUAGUUGAACCGUGGACUGUUGUUCUAAUCCAUUCAUUUGCCAAGGCGGGAUACAUCUCUCUCGAAAGGUUGGAGGAGCCUGACGCGCAAAAUGUGCCAACUGAGCGAUUCAAGAAGAAUUGUGAGCUUUGUAUCUCUGCUCUCCAAUACCUUGGAAGAAAGUCUGAUAUGGCUUCACUGGUUGCUCGAAACCUUUCAAGAUCUUUGGUGGUCAUUCCAUAG